AUGCCGCCUGGAAAGCCAAAACCCUCAGAGAUAGCAGCCGAGACGAAGAAGACGUAUAUUCCAUUUAUCCGUCAAAACUAUAGUUCAGAAUGGCCAUCAACAUCAUACCUGUGUCCCUCAGAGUCAAUGACUGCAGGUCAGCCAACUGUGGAUGGACGACUAGCACACUUUGCUUUCUACGAAGAGGAUCCGGUUGAUGUUGCGCUGAAGUGGGCUCCCACGGAAGACAGCGACAUACCUGUGAUCAUGCCAGCAAAUGAUAAGAGACCAGGUGGAGAUUGGGAAGCUGGAGUCAUGUCUCCAGAAGAAUGUCUUUGCCGGCGGAGCAAUCUCUUUGCUACUCUAACAACACCUGCACCGCAAAGCUCCAAUUCAACUAACUAUCCAAUUCCACCCAAAUAUGGCAUCUAUUCUCGAAACGUUGUGGUCUUUCGAAAUGGACCUGAGAAGUAUGAAACAUGGCCAGAAUACAAAGCCCUUCCAGUUAUCUCUGUGCCCCCUGUGAAGAGGCCCAAAUUAGACAGUGCAGGUGUUCACUACUCAUUCGGCCAGGAGAAGGAGCUCAUGCGCGACAAAAUUCGUACAGCGUUGAGAAUUGCUGUCUACUAUGGACAUCACAAUCUCGUUAUCGGCAACUUCGGCUUGGGCCCUGGCUUCAGAAAUCCGCCCGAAGAGGUUGCCAAAAUGUGGCGAGAUGCGUUCCUGCAUGACCCAGAAUUCAAAGGUCAUUUCCAAGACAUCAUUUUUGCUUUCGAAGACCCGGAAGGACCCGGUGCCGUUUCCAGUUCAUCUAGCAAAUCUUCUUCAAAAUCAUCAUCUUCAUCUUCGAAAUCAUCCUCGAUGUCUUCCUCUUCAUCAGCAAACAAAAGCAGCGCCGCAUCAGAUUUAGCCAUUUUUAGACAUGUUUUCAAACCAUCGAAUAUCCACCCUAAUGCCUUUGCGACUGAACCGAAUCGAGAUGCCUACUCUAUGGCGCAAUACGUAAAGUGGGAGGCCUCGUAUCAAAAAUUGGUUUGA